GUGGAUUAUAUGUAUUAGGUAGCUUUUUGUGAUUGCGCAUGAUAGCGUUUUUAUGCAGACGCGCAUUGAAUCACAUUAAUGGACCGACUCAGAUAGUAACCUGGCCCAAUAUUUUGGUUUUGGAGCGCAAAUAUUAAGGAGUACAAUGCAAACCAACCCCUUUAUAUAUAUUCCUUGUAAUUCCGAACCAGUACGAUAAGGAUACUAGGGUUUCUCAGAGUAUCAUUGCGGCUCUCUUAUCUAUUUUCCGGAAAGAAGAACUUCAAAGGACAUGACGCGUGUUUCAAGAUGCAUAUGCCUGUAGAUUUGUGAUCCUAUUGCUUUCAUUUUGUUCACUUAGUUCUGCAAACCAUUGUUGUCACUAUUGGGAGUUACUGAGAGACAUAAAAUGAAUUCACAUAGUAUGUUGGGCGUUGUUUUAACUGAUAUACUUCGGAUGGUGACACCCUCACAAGAAGAUUGGGAGAUACGGCUUGCAAUUAUUAAUGAUUUGCGAAGCGCUGCUGAAUCCGUGGAGAGUCUGAGAGGAGCAACUGUUGAACCAUUUGGGUCAGUUGUAUCUAAUCUCUUCACGCGAUGGGGUGACUUGGAUAUUUCAAUCCAGUUAUUAAAUGGUUCCCAUAUUGGAGCUGCUGGGAGAAAACAAAAACAAACGUUGCUCGUAAAUUUUCUCAAAGCUUUGAGGAUGAAAGGUGGGUACAUGAACUUUCAGUUCAUCCCCAAGGCAAGAGUUCCCAUUCUAAAAUUUAAAAGUGUCCGACAAGGCAUAUCUUGUGAUGUUUCGAUCAAUAACCUGCCGGGCUUGAUGAAAUCCAAAUUCUUGCUUUGGAUCAACAGGAUAGAUGGCCGCUUUCAUGAUCUGGUUGUAGUGGUGAAGGAGUGGGCCAAAGCACAUAAAAUCAAUAACUCUAAGACUGGAAGUUUCAACUCCUUUACGCUCAGUUUACUUGUAAUCUUCCACCUUCAGACAUGCGCUCCUGCAAUUUUACCACCACUGAAAGAUAUAUACCCUUACAAUAUGGUGGAUGAGCUGAGAGGUGUUAGAGCUGAUGCGGAGAAUCUUAUUGCAGAAACCUGUGCUGCCAACAUAAACAGGUUCAUAUCAAACAAAUCCAGGCCAAUUAACAGAAAAUCUUUGCCUGAACUUUUUGUUGAUUUCCAAAGAAAGUUUGCUCAAAUUGAUGAAUGGGCCUCAGAGAUCGGAAUUUGCACUUAUAGUGGACAGUGGGAACAGAUAAAGAACAACAUGAGAUGGUUGCCCAAGACUUACGCAAUAUUCGUUGAGGAUCCUUUUGAGCAGCCGGAAAAUUCAGGAAGAUCUGUCAGCGCAAAACAGCUGAAAAAGAUAGCUGAAGCAUUUGUAGGGACUUACAGCUUACUUAUAUCAAAAAAUCAGAAUCAAAACUCUCUUCUGACACAGUUAGCACCACCACAUGUGUGGAGCCUUAUUGCCAGGCCUGUCAUUCCAAAUUAUAAUGUCAGGCCUGUCAUUCCAAAUUAUAAUGUCAGGCCUGCCAUUCCAAAUUACAACGGAGGUUACUCUCAUCCAACUCAUCCACAGCCACAGGGGCAGAGGGGCGUGUUCCCACACCCAAAGUCACAGCGCCGUUUUCAAAAUGGCAAGCAAGGUGCAAGCUCCAACGGUUCAACGUCAAAGCAAGGAGCAAACUCCAACGGUGCAACUUCAAAUCAAGGAGCAAGCUCCAACGGGGCAACUUCAAAGCAAGGAGCAAGCUCCAAUGGUGCAAUUUCAACAGUACCUGCUAAAGCACUUCAAGGUCCACAGCAGCAGGCAUGGAGACCAAAGGCUCCAAACCAAAUAGCAUAGCCAAAAUACAGAAGGGAAUAUAUGUUUAGCUAGUCAGCAGUUAUGAAUAAUUGUUGUUUUUUUGUUUACUUCUUGUUAGUAGAAGUAAUUGACAUCACCGGAUUUCUUGGGUUACAAGUUAAUUUGCAUAAUUUUUUGGGUCUUGUGGAUUAAAGGAUGGUUACCCAAUUAUAUUAAUAUUACUUGACAUUUUAAUGGGGAUUAUAAUGCAAUUAUUGGAUUAGACAA